GUUUUUAAGUUUUCAUUUAUAUAUUAUAUUAGCUUUGUCAUCAAAAAAGGAAAUCUAAUAUGCAAUUGUAUUUUUUGACCUAUUUUCUUAUUACCAAUAAUAAUAGAUUUAUAAAAACUUCUCUUCAAUUUGUCUAAACAUCGCCCAUCUACAAUGAUAUCAUUUAGUGUUAUUGGGAAUUGUAUAAAUUGCAUUUAAUUAAUAAACAAAAAAGAGUGGUCUAUGCACAAGAAAAUGUUGAAGGUUCUCAAUUUUGCAUAAAUUAAUAACUUCUUCUAUUACUCAUAUUGAGUAAGCAGUGACCUCGAAACAACUCAAGCUGAAACAAGAAAUAUUCCACGUUUGCCAUCGUAUCGAAACGGGUUCAAAAUGAUGUUAAGAAGAUGUCACCUCCGGCGGUUUACCUCGAGCACAAUAUUCUUCACAUUGGCUGCGUCUCUAGCGUUUACAUACUACAUGUACUACCAACACAAUUCAAUUAUUGAAGGAGGAUGGAAGAUACCUAGUUCAAAUGAGACACACACACCAAACCCUCAAUUUUUAUUUAAAACUCGCGUGGAAGAUUGUUGUAAGGGAGAACUGAAGGAAGGCGUAAAGCAAGAAGACACAGAUCCCUUAAAAAUGUUGGGAGUACUACGCGAUAAGAAGGAUAAAUACAUACGUGAUAUCGGCUUUAAAAAUCAUGCUUUCAACGCACUAAUUUCAAACAAUAUUGGACCCUAUCGCGAGGUACCUGACACACGGCAUAAAGUCUGCUCUCGUGAAUCCACCAAUCCCAAUGAAGAUUUGCCGACAAUUUCAGUUAUUAUGUGUUUUUAUAACGAACACAAAAUGACGCUGAUACGCUCCAUAAACUCCGUCAUAAAACGCACGCCCAAACAUGUACUAAAAGAAAUUAUUCUUGUAGAUGAUUUUAGCGAUCUACCCGAAUUGGAAUUUCACUUAUUAAGUGAUUUACAUGCACAACUUCACUAUGACCGACUGCAUUAUAUACGUAAUGAGAAACGUGAGGGACUUAUAAGAUCUCGUGUUGCAGGCGCUCACGCUGCAGAGGGCGAUGUUCUCGUCUUCCUAGACUCCCACAUUGAAGUGAAUCAACAGUGGGCAGAACCACUUGUGCGUGCUGUGAAGCAGGAAAAUUCAACUAUCGCCGUGCCGGUUAUGGAUCUUAUUAGUCCCGAUACUUUUGAAUAUACCUCCAGUCCGUUAGUACGUGGUGGCUUCAAUUGGGGACUACAUUAUAAAUGGAUAACUUUGCCGAAGGGCACUUUAAAGAAGGAUGAAGAUUUUAAAGGUCCAUUCAAAACCCCUACAAUGGCCGGUGGUUUAUUUGCAAUUAACCGACAAUACUUUAAACACAUCGGCGCGUAUGAUGAGGGAAUGGAUAUCUGGGGUGGUGAGAAUAUCGAAAUUUCCUUCCGUGUCUGGCAAUGCCAUGGCGCCAUAAAAAUAUAUCCUUGCUCACGCAUAGGGCAUAUCUUCCGCAAACGACGUCCUUAUUCGGCGCCUGAUGGCAAGGACACAAUGAAACGGAACUCACUGCGUGCUGCCCACGUAUGGAUGGAUGAAUUUAAGGAAUACUUCCUGAAAGAAACAAAUUCUGCGCGUGAUAUAGAUUAUGGUGACAUAUCAGCACGUUUGGAGUUACGGAACCGUUUGAAAUGCCACGACUUCUCUUGGUACAUGAAAAAUGUUUACCCUGAAUUGCAGCUACCAGGACAGACAGCUAAGAAAGCAGCAUCUGCAGGUGUUUACCAGCCAUGGCAUUCUAGAAAACGCAAUUAUAUCGCUACUUACAUGAUACGUUUAAGCGGCACUAACUUAUGUGCCUCGGUGGUGGCACCCAAAGUAAAAGGUUUCCUCAAAAAGGGCAGUCCACUCAUUUUACAAGCAUGCAUGCGUACACGCAAUCAAAUUUGGUUCGAAACGGACAAAGCUGAAAUAGUUUUGGAUAAAUUAUUAUGUCUCGAAUCGUAUGGUGAUGCUCAGGUGCAUAUUAAUAAAUGUCAUGAAAUGCUGGGAGAUCAGCAGUGGCGUCAUACGCGCACCGAACACAGUCCCAUUUACAAUAUGGCAGCGGGCACCUGUAUGCGCGCCAAAAGUGCAAACAUCGGCGCACGCAUUGGAUUAGAUCUAUGCUCUAAAGAUGACGCCAGUGCAUGGGAUAUCGUAAAAGUGGAGGAGGUGUCGUGAGGAAUGCAUAAAUGGAAAAUAAAUGAAUUGCGACACUGAGAAUGAUGUGCAGAAACACGAACAAAAACAUGUCAGGCGCCAUAAGUUGUGCAAACCGGAAUUAUAGACUGAUAUUACUGCAGCAAUAUAGUUAUUAUACAAUCAUAUUUAUAGGAUAAAAUCUGUGUAAACAAAACAUAAAGUUAUUACAUGAGAACAACUUUUUGACAGCUGAAGCAAGCUUAAAAGAAAUAUGUUUGCCAGUGAAACGACAAAAACAAAAUUUUAAUUUUACAAAUUCAAAACACUCAAAAAAUAAUUUAAUGCUCCUUAAGAGCUACAAGUACUCUCUAAAAUCUUUAAUUUUAUGUAUUAGCAGGAGUCUGCUAACUUUUCUUAAUUUGUAGGCGAGUGUAAAGACAUUUUAUUUUAUAUACUCACUUGUAAUCGGUUAAGGCCCGGUAUGCAGAUAUACCGUUAUGUAAGUCGUUUGAAGUAACGAAUAUAAUUCGCUUCAUUAUAUUACCGCUACAUAUUUUUAGUAUUUUAUAAAAUAAAAUUAUUUUUAUAAAUUUAUAAGCACAGAGUGAAAAUUUAAAAAGACAAUUAUAGAUUGUAUACCAUAAAAUAUGUAAACAGAUUAUGUAAGUAUCGAUACAUAUAAAACGAGUAAUAAUUAAAGAAGUUAUUUUUAUGUGAUUUAAGAAUACCA